AUGAAUGCAAUUACAGAUUGCACUAUCAUUUGGUUGGAUGAUAAAGGUAAAGAUAUAGAUGGAGAAGAUUUGGGUCUUAAUAUUCAGCAUUACGUGAGUUUGUCACUUCAUACAUUUACUGACUUUGGUUCAUGUUCAUCGUUCAUUAAAUACUGUACUUCCGACACUCGCCUUUUACUUGUUGUCGCACGCGAUCGCUAUAUUAAUCGGCUCUUGAAAACAACUCGUAGAUUUCUAUCUUCUCAGAUUACUGUUUUUAUCUAUGUUCUUAUUGAUAAAUGGUCGUUUCAUUGGAAACCAGAUCCACGCAUUCGAGAUAUUUUUCAUACAAGCGAAGAACGACACAUUAUCAACACGUUGCAAAAUGAUCGGGAAAGUUACUUGACUCAACGUUGGUCGUCUGGUUGCUGUGCUUUUAGUGAGGAUGCACCACAAAUGGCACUCGAUAAAUAA